UUUUGUGCCAUUUCUUGGCUUUUUCUUUUUCUUUUUCUUUGUUUUUUUCUCCUGAUUGGCAAUGUCGCUCUAUGCGGCUGGGUAUGCCGCCGCGCUCAUGGCCGUCCGCAGCGACACGGCUGGCCAGCUUGAGGAGGCCCAGCGCCUGUACAUUGACGCUGCAGAGGCCAUGCUGCUCGAUACCAAGCGCGACGUAGAUCCCCAACGAGUGCAGGCUGUGCGCCAGAAGGUCAAGGAGUACGCCGACCGCGCCGAAGCGCUGGCUGCGUUGGUCCGCCGGCAACAACAGCAACAGCAGCGCGGUUCCAGCUGGUCGGGCUUGGCGUCUGGCUCUGGCUCUGGCUCCGGUCCCGCGAGGAGCCCAGUACGACCCGUUCCAGGAGGAGGCGCUGUCUAUAGCACGACUGCGGCAGGGAGAGCGAGCGGCAAUGCGGUCGGAGUCGACGACGCAGGCGCUGGUCCCAGUGAGGAAAUGGGCGCGUCGCACGCCUCGUCGAUCGACGAUGACGCAGCGGCAGGCGAGCGUGACGAGGACUUGCUGGCACCCGUCGUGCAACCAACACAUCAUGCUCAGUCUGUGGGCGUGCCAGCGGCGGGCGCUGCUGUCGUGGGUCGGCGGUCACCCAACAGCAGUGGCGGUUCUGUUGCUGCUGCUGCUGCUGCUGGUCUCGAAAAGCCAGGCACCAACCCGGCAGCCGCCGUCGGACUGACCGCGGAGGAGAUUGAGGUGCUUCGAAGCACGUCGUACAUUAAUGGCAAGGUAUUUCCGCCGUGGACGGACGCCGAUGCGCGUGAAAACUAUUAUCGCCUGACCGAGUUUGUAGACCCGGACGGCCCUCUCGUCCUCUCGGCAAAACAAAGCGAAUCAUUCGUGUCGUGGAAGCGAGCGUCGAGCAUGUCACAGUCGCCUGUCAUGAUUGAAUCCGUCUCGGCCUACUCGAUUCGUCAAACAGUCGUGUCGGACUGCUCGUUUGUGGCGUCGCUGGCUAUUUGCUCCGAGUACGAGCGCAAGUUCCAGAAAAAGGUCAUUACGCGAUGCAUCCAUCCCCAAGACGCGCGGGGCCGACCAGUGUUCAACGCCAAUGGCAAGUACGCCGUUCGACUCCUCAUCAACGGCGUUGCCCGCAAGGUGGUUGUGGAUGACUUUCUCCCGUUUGGUCGGGAUGCCAAGCCCUUGUGUAGCUUUUCAAACAACCCAAACGAGCUUUGGGUGAGCAUUAUUGAAAAGGCCUACAUGAAGGUGAUGGGCGGGUAUGACUUUCCCGGCUCCAACUCCAAUAUCGACAUGUUUGCGCUCACGGGCUGGAUUCCCGAGCGUAUCAACAUGAAGGCCUCAGAGUUCAAGCCCGAUGUGCAGUUUUCCCGUAUGACCAAUGGCCUGCGGACUGGCGAUGUGCUGAUGACCAUGUCGACCGGUGCUCUUUCGGCAGCAGAGGAGGAGCGGACAGGCUUGGUUCCAUCCCAUGCCUAUGCCAUUCUGGACGUUCGAUAUGCGCAAGGGUACAAGCUGCUGCUUGUUCAAAACCCCUGGAAUCACAGGCGCUGGAAGGGUGCCUUUUCGGAGCUCGAUGACACGAAUUGGACUCCAGCCCUGCUGGCUGAGCUUCGAUUCGACCGCAAUGCAGCCAGGCAAUCUGAUAACGGCGUGUUUUGGAUCAACUGGGAGUCUGUUUGCCGGUUUUUCGACGUCAUGUAUUUGAACUGGGAUCCCCAGUUGCUGCAGCGGCGGUAUACCAUUCACUCAGCGUGGCCUUCCUCGGGUCCCGUCAAAGACCUGUACAACCUCGAGUUCAACCCGCAGUAUCGCCUUGAAGUAAAUUCACCUUCAGCAAAGUCGGUCGUCUGGGUGCUCUUGUCCAAGCACGUUGUCGAUAAGGCAGACUUUGCCGACAACCAGGACUUUAUCACAAGCCACAUUUUCGAGAGUGAUGGAGGCCGUAUUUAUUAUCCAGACAACGCAAUAAUCGAAGGCAUCAAAAUCAAUAGCCCUCAUGUCCUUGCCAAGCUGACCGUUCCUGCGGGCAAGCACACUUACACGCUCGUGCUCGCUCAGUACAAGACCAAUGCCAUUAACUACACUUUGAAGGUGUAUGCCUCUGCUCCAUUUUCUCUAUUGUCUGUUGGCAAGCUGUAUCAUUACCAACAAAAGUUAAUUGGAAACUGGACGCAAGCCAAUGCUGGAGGCUGCGGCAAUUAUUCUUCGUACUUUAAAAACCCGCAAUUCUCGAUGCAGGUCGCCCAACCUCAGUCUUCCCUGCUCCUGAAGUUGAUGGCUCCCAAGAGCUAUCCUGCCGGCAUUGCCCUGUAUCGAGCAGCUGUUGGCCCCGAUGGCACUGAGCGCGUUGACACAACCCACGGCACCAACAUGAUUGCUUCUGCGCCAAAGUUCCGCCAUGGCUUUUGCUAUUUGGAAGUCAAAAGCCUCGCGCCUGGGUCUUACAUUAUCGUUCCGGCUACCUUUGAGCCUGGCCGCAUUUCGCAAUUCUUCUUGACGGUGGAAUCCAUCACUCCGGUUCAGCUAGCGCCCCUGGCCGAGGUUGGCGAAGGCGGCAACUAUCGCGAGGUGCAAGGAGAGUGGAUUGCAGGCAGCUCGGCCGUCGGUAGCGAAAACUCUGGCCACUACGAUCAGAAUCCAAUGUAUCGCAUCUGGGUGUCAGGCAACACACCGUGUGAAAUGUCCGUUCGACUGCGGCUCCCGGGAAACACUGGAGGGGCUCUCCCGCCCGCCCUCAAUAUCGGCAUCUUUGCCAUCUCUCCCUCUGCAUCGUCGGCGUCUCCUGGGGUCCGACCACGGUUUCUCGCUUCAGCCAAAGCACAUACGGGCGAUUACGUUAAUCCGCGCUGUGGCGUGGUUCUGGGUCGUGUCAAGCUCGACCCUGGCGCGUAUCUGCUCGUUCCAUCUACCUUUGAUCCUUUAGCCUCCAAGUUCAUACUGGAUGUGACCAUGUCUCCCAAUGCGACCGUGACUAUUGAUCCGUUCUAGAGCGAGGGAUUUGUACAACAUAAUAACACGUUU